CAAUCUCCCAUUUGUCGUUUGUUUAAUUAGGGAAAAGAUGAAAUUCACUUCAGCUCUUACUUCAUUCUCCCUUGUGCUUCUUCUGACAUUAACCACCAGCAAUGCCUUGUUGACCUCAAUCAAGGAAGCAACCAUAGAUGAGAUCCAGCUGGCAUUCAAGCAAAACCAGCUGACCUCAAGGCAACUGGUUGAGUACUACAUCUCUGAGAUUAAUAGGCUGAAUCCCAUCCUCAAUGCGGUCAUAGAAGUGAACCCGGAUGCCAUUUACCAAGCGGAUAGAGCUGACUACGAGCGAGCACGAGCCAAGACGCGGAGAGGUUCGAUGCUUGGCGGGUUACAUGGAAUCCCUGUGCUGAUCAAGGACUCCAUAGGGACCAAAGACAAGCUGAACACAAGUGCUGGCUCUUUUGCCUUGCUUGGUUCGGUUGUGGCUCGAGACGCGGGUGUGGUGGUUAAGCUGAGGCAGGGUGGUGCCAUCAUCUUAGGGAAGGCUAGCUUGAGUGAGUGGGCUGCUUUCAGGUCGCUCAACGCUCCUAACGGGUUUAGUCCCAGAGGUGGCCAAGGAAAGAACCCUUAUGUGUUGUCUGCUGAUCCUUGUGGGUCAAGCAGUGGAUCAGCAAUAUCAGUGGCAGCAAAUCUGGUAGCUGUUUCUAUUGGAACUGAAACGGAUGGGUCCAUUUUGUGCCCAUCCCAUGCAAAUUCUGCAGUGGGGAUAAAGCCAACAGUUGGUCUCACUAGCAGAGCUGGUGUUGUCCCAGUUUCUCCCAGACAGGACACCAUUGGGCCUAUUUGCAGGACAGUGGCUGAUGCAGUUCAUGUUCUUGAUGCCAUUGCUGGGUUCGACGAAUUCGAUCCAGCGACAAGAGAGGCAUCAAAGUACAUCCCUUAUGGAGGGUACAAGCAGUUUUUGAAAGCUAAUGGUCUAAAAGGGAAGAGAAUUGGAGUUGUGAGGAACCCAUUCUUGAGCAGUGUGGGUGAAUAUGAAAGGCAAGCCUUUGAGAGCCAUGUCAGGAUUUUAAGGCAGGGAGGGGCAACUGUGGUUGACAAGUUGGAGAUCUCCAACAUCGAGACCAUCUCAAAUGCAACGCGAAGUGGGGAAGCUGUUGCAUUGUUGGCAGAGUUCAAGGUAUCAGUGAAUGCAUAUUUGAAGCAGCUGGUUGUUUCCCCAGUAAGGACACUGGCUGAUGUGAUUGCAUUUAAUCAGAAGUUCUCAGAUGCUGAAAUGAAUGAUGAAUUGGGUCAAGAAAUAUUCUUAGCUGCUGAGGGGACAAAUGGGAUUGGGAGCCUGGAGAAGGCAGCACUGGCAAAUUUGGAGCAGCUGACCAAAGAUGGGUUUCAGAAGCUGAUGUGGGAUCAUGAAUUGGAUGCUUUGGUGACUCAUGGACCUGGGAUUUCUGCAGUCCUUGCCAUUGGAGGAUUCCCAGGGAUCAAUGUGCCAGCUGGGUAUGAUGAGAAAGGGGCGCCCUUUGGGAUUAAUUUUGGAGGGCUGAAGGGAACUGAGCAAAAGUUGAUCCAAAUUGCUUAUGGGUUUGAGCAAGUCACUAAGAUUAGGAAGCCUCCAACCUUCCAUGCUUGAAUGAAGAGUUAUUGAGAAAUAGAAGAAGAGACUUAAAGAAGUCUUAAGUUAUGGGAAUUAUAUAUAAGAUGAUGGUAGUGGGAGUUCUAUAAAGAAGAGUUCUUCAAUCAAGAACGUUUAUGAUCUGCAAUGCUUUCAAAUCCUAUAAUGGUUCAAUUAAUGCCAAAAGGAAACCGAGCUCGGAUUGAUCUUGUUGUCUUGGAAGUGUUUAGAACUUCAUAUGCUUGGUUGCAACCAUAGCAUUCAAAAUCGGGAUUUUACGUAAAAUCGAAAAUGAGGGUAAAUCUGAAUCGUAAAUCGAAUCUUAAAAUUUUUGAAUUUUAAGGUUCAUAUAAAAUCAAAGACGAAAUAAUAUUAAUAAUGAAAAUUAUGAAUAACA